AUGACUCCUCGUGCCUGUGGCAUGAUUCCAAUCCCAAACACCUUACAGGCACAAGCUCCUGCACAGGUGAAGCCAGCUGCGAGCAUUUCAUCCCUUCGAUAUCAGGCGGCCUCUGGGGCGUCGACCGCCUACACCACACCAGUGUCUCAAUCAUCAGAGACCUCCACAUGGUCGCAGCCGGUGCAGCAGAUUCCCAUACCACCGUUGAGGGCGAAGGUGGGCGCUCCCUUCGACGUCCCGAGGGCCUCGGUGCGGGAGAAGUGCCCCUCCUGGGCAUCGCCGAGCCCGCAACGCGUGAAGCGACGCUCGAAGCCACCGGAGAAGGCGUCCAAGGAAGAGACGGCUGCUGGCAAAGCGCCUGUGAAAAGUGAG